AUGGCUGAGAACUCUCAACAAUUUGGAGCAAGAACAGAUGGUGCUAUCAGACGAGUUAAUGAGGGAAAUUACAAACGGCAAGGGUUUGUGGCAUAUGCUCGAUUCCUGGGCAUCAUACGGAUAUGUGCCCAUCUUUACAAGAUGGAGUUGUGCACUAACAAAAGGAAGCUAAGGAGAGAUGAGAAGGUAAAGGAUGGGGAGAACGUGUCAGCUGUCAUCAAGAGGACCCUGCCGGAAAAACGUGUUGAUCUAGGUAUGUUUACCUUACCUUGCGUGAUUGGCAACAAAAGAAUUGAGCGUGCCAUGCUAGAUUUAGGUGCAUCCAUUAAUGUCAUGCCAUACUCAAUUUAUUGUGCUUUGAGUUUAGGUCCAUUGAAAGAAACUAGGGUUGUCAUUCAGUCAGCUGACCGUUCUAACGCUUACCCUGAAGGGAUUGUUGAAGAUGUUUUGGUGCAGGUUAAUGACCUUAUAUUUCCAGCCGACUUUUACAUCUUGAAGAUGGAGGAAGAUACUAUCACAAGUUCAACCUCACUUCUAUUAGGCAGGCCAUUUAUGAAAACAGACAAAACCAAAAUAGAUGUGGAUGAGGAUACCUUUUCCAUCGAGUUUGACAGUGAGAUUGUUAAAUUUAAUAUUUUCGAAGCAAUGAAGUACCCCAAUGAAUGUCAUUCGAUUUGUUCAGUUGACAUUGUUGACUCAAUUAUGCAGGAAAUGUUUGGGGAAGAGGAUAUGAAUGCGGAGCUCGAAUUAAGUGCACAAUUGGAUAUGAAGGAAAAGCUAGAUUCAUCCUGUGAAGCUUUGAAACUGAUAGUAGAACAAAAGGCUCCGAAGUUAGAGCUGAAGACCUUGCCAGAUCACCUUAAGUAUGCCUACUUGGGUGACAAAGAAACAUUGCCAAUGAUCAUUGCAAAAGGGUUGACUGAUGAUCAAGAGGCACGGCUCAUCGAGGUUCUAAAGGAGCACAAGAUGGCGAUUGGUUGGACCUUAGCCGAUAUAAAAGGGGUCAGCCCCUCAAUCUGCAUGCAUAGAAUUCUUUUGAAAGAUGGUGCCAAGCUAGUCAGAGAAUCGUAA